UUCUCGUUCAAACGUUUUUGGACCGUGCAGCAACUGCUCAAUUAUGUUGAAGAUUUACAAACUGGUGUCCAAAUGGAAGCAGGCCCACAAUGGGCUUAUGCCGCAGCUCCAUUUCCGUGGAGCACGUCAGCCUCGCGGGAAGGGCAAGCGUACUAGAGUACGUUUACCAGUAGCCAUUAUAAAUGGAAAGGCAAUUCCUCUUCGCAAACUGAGGAGCAACGUUAAUGUGAUAUAUCGCAUUAACGUUCCGCGCCUGAGGCGCCAAUGGCAGUGCCGCAGGUUCGAUCUCAGGGUCCCGGCAUAUGUAUGCAAAAAUAACAUGGUUCAGCCGUUAUUAUCAUGGGAGCUGCUGGACCACAUCAUGAUGCUGCCUGUGGAGCAGGGAACUGCUGAGUUUCAGGCGUAUGUCAAUAAUAUGCUGCAGUUGCCACAUGCUUAAAGGACAAAUAAUGCUAACGCAGUAUAUUUUCAUGUGUAUUAUAACAAUGCAAUAGUUAAAUACAUCACAAAAGC